CACGCAGCCAAAACGAUGGGUGGCAACUCGAUCCAGUCGAGCUCGAGCUCGCGGCGGACGCCGACGCGGACAGCGCGACACCGUCAGUCGAUGGCGCUCACGCAUCUCACGGAGCGCUACACGAUGCACGAAGCCCGUGACGACGACGAUGACGACGUGGUCGAGCGCGUCACCGAACAUCGGCGCGCCGAGAUCAAAAAGAACCCGACCUUGCGCACGUACCGAGGAUGUGCGCGGUGGAAGGUGCGGAUUCGGCGCUUCAUGGACGAGCCCAUGAGCAGCGUUCGUGCGCAGAUCUACUGCUACGUUAUGAUCGUCAACAUCAUGGGCAAUUUCAUGCCGUGGAUGAUCGAGACGCUCGACGGACCCAACCACACACCAGGCGACCCGGGCACGUGCGUCGACUGCGGCUACCCGUGGCUCUUUACGGCGCAAACGUACUUUUACUGGAAUUUCGCCUACACGAUCGUUUUUACCGUCGAGUUUCUCGUGCGCUGGGCCGCGUGCAAAAGCCAAGUCCACUACUGGCGGCGUGCCCGUACGAUCCUCGACGUCCUUGCGCUUGUGCCGAGCUACUUCCUGAUCUACCACAAAUAUUCGGACACGCCCGAGUCUAAGUACCAGCCGUACUUGAAUAUGCUGCGCAUGGGCCGCAACAUGCGCAUCGCCCACAUGCUCCGCGACGUGCCUGGGAUUCGCAUUUUGGCCAUUACGACCAAGCAGUGCAUUGCACCGCUGCAAGUCACGGGUUAUUUCCUCGUGACGAUCAUCAUGUUGUUUGCGACCGCCUUGUACUAUGCGCAGCCGUGCUACGAUGUCGAGACGUGUAAAUUCACCGACGUGUUCAACGCUGCGUACUUUAUCAUGGUCACUGUUGCGACGGUCGGGUACGGCGAUCAAACGAUUGAUGUCAACAACGUUCUCGCACUUCUCAUCGACUGCAACGCCAUGAUCUUUGGCGCGCUGUACCUUGCGAUGCCCUUUGCGAUCAUUGGCGUGCGCUACCAAGUCGCGUGGCACCGCCACGAGGUCCGCGCGCGGCGACGCCUCCAGCAUCAAGACUCAAAGGUCACUGUGAGCGUCCGGCCCAUUCCAAGCGUGACGCUCAACACCUAUGCGCACAAGGCGACGCGUCACUAUUUGGACCUGUGUGCCGAGGUCUCGUCGUUUUGCCGCCAAAUCGACACGCUCUUUGGCUUUGUAAGCUCCUUUUCUCGAGAGAGCACGGCUCAACGCAUCACUAGCCAACGCAAAAUAUGUCAUGGUGCUCUUCCACCACAACCUUCAAGACAUCAAGGCGUUCGAGCCGAAAGCAUCGGUAGCAGCAGACACCAAGCCCAUUGGCCGCAAGCCCAGGUACGACCGCAAUGCAGUUUCUACUCACUCAAUCCUGUAUACUCUAGAACGCGCACGACGCUACUGCAAAGCGUUUUGCAGCUCAAACUAGUGACCAACAAGAAGCACGAACUCGUGCUUGGGACGUGGCGCUACACGCUUGCACAGUGGCUCAAGCAUCCGGACGAUUCCCGCGCGGGUCGGUUCUUGCACACAUGCUUCUUCCUCGUUGCACUCGCGAGCGUCCUCUUGUUCUAUGCCGAGACAACGCCCGAGCUUCAGAGCUACGGACCACUGACACCACUUUGCCAGCGGGCGUUUGCUACCUACUGUGCGCAGUCAGAGAACCCUUGGACCGACCCUGGCUGCUACGUGCACGAUGCGAGCGGCGGUCUACGGUCGCCAUUGACGAUGCUCGACUUUUACUGCGGCACGCCCAAUGCCGCCGACACGUGCUUUGGUUUUGGACCCAACUAUGGCCGCAACAGCUCCGAUUGCAGCGGCUUGUUUCAAGAUGUCGAGCGGCUCUGUAAUCUCCGGCAAUGCCAAUCGGGGCACACUCCAGUCCUCGACAUGACGCCGCACUGGGUCUACUUGGAGUGGCUUUUUGGCAUCGUCUUCUCGGUCGAGCUCGUUUUGCGCUAUGCAGUCGCCGAGGACAAGCGUGCAUAUUGCAUCGCUGGCGACACGGCCAUCGAUGUGCUUUCCGUGCUGCCCUUUUACGCCGAGGUAGAACUCCUUUGCUUCGUCGCCGGCCACGAUCCGAUCUAUGCCGUUGUGCCGACGUUUCCGACCGCUGCAUCCAUUUUGCCCAUUUGCAAGACGCUACGUGUGCUCAAGCUCACGCGGCACUUUCGAGCGACAACGGUCCUCGCGCAAACCGCGAUUCUGUGCUGGCGCCGCCUGUUGAUCCCUCUCUUUUUUCUCUUCCUCUCGUGCGUUGCGACGGCGGCGCUCUUUUACGAGAUCGAGCGCGGUACCCAGUGCUUUGUGGGCCUUCCGUGCACAUGGUGGGACCGGCAACUCUGGACCAACGAGCUCGAACAAGGGCUGCCGCAUCUCAAGCGUGUGCAGAUCCAAGUGAGCACGUACACCAUCAUUACCGAUAUGCUCCGGUCGACAUACUACUCGAUUGUCACUUUUACGACGGUCGGGUACGGCGACCUCAAGGUCCGCACUCCGUUUGGCAAGAUAUUUGACAUUUUGGUGAUGCUCUUUGGCUCGUGCUACACGGCGAUGCCGCUGUCCCUUGUUGGCGGUCAAUUCUACGCUUGCUACGAGCUCUACCUGCUCGAGCAGACGGGCGAGGACGUUACCGAUGCCGGGCCGCGCGAAGACCAUAUUCCCAAGCACCUCGUUUUGUCUCCAGAUGAAGUCGAGACGCUCCGCAACUGCAACGUACUCGUGAUCCUCCUCGACGAAAUGAUCCACAACAUCCACCGACUCAACGACCUCACGCCGCACGCAAGCUUCCUCGAGAUCGUUCCUACCGAACGCACGGGCCAUCGAAGCAGCACUCAAGGCACGCGCAAGAGCAUGAACGAGUCGAUGGAGCUCGUGCGCCGCCGCGCGUCCGUGGGCCAGCAGAUUGCGCGGGUCUUGCCAGGUCGGCGGUCCGUCGCUGACGUCUACGCGCCGACGGAGCUCGAGCGCAUCCACGAGUAUGCCCGUGUCCGCGGGCACCUACGGGACGCCUCGCACCUCGUGACGACCAUCUUUUUCCAAUUUACGAGCCUCGUCGAGAAGAUCGCUGAAGCGACGCACAGCGAGUCGUAUACGGAAUUUUAGCCGCCAAAUACAAUGUACAAGUUGUCAUCGGCGAGCUCAAACGGUUACGAACUUCAACGUCCCAUCGAAACCGGUUGGUGGUGGUUACACCCAUGAGCCACACGAACGCACCCGCUCGGUACUGACGGAUUGCACUACUAGUAUUCAGUAGCACCGGCAACUUGGCUAUUUGAUAAAUACGUGAUCGCUUUGGCGUCGAUCGAAACGGUAAAAUCAUCGUUUGAUUACGAG